AUGCCGUCUCCUACUUGCCGCCCUGUCGUGAUGGUCAUCUUCACUUUGCUGCUCGCGCUCAUUUGCGCUCCGAUCUCUGGACGCGCCGCAAACACGUGUAGUCCAGGGUCGUUUUCUUCCUCCGGUACCAAGCCUUGCGACGACUGUCCCGCGGGGACCUUCACCAGUCAGACUGGUGCGACGUCGUGCUGCCAGUGCUGUGCCGGAUUCUACUCCAUGUCCGGGGCAAGCUCCUGCUCCCAAUGCAAUAGUAACCACCCGUAUUCUCCUCCUGGUUCCACGUCGCCUUCCCAGUGUCAGAGUGGAACUGGGUUCGUUACCUCGUGCACCAUGUCGGGUAGCACAUGUCCUUCCGUUACUCCGUCGCCGGUUUCGUCGGGACCGCCCAGGCGACGUGCGAUUAAACGUCAGUUGUGUCCCAAGGAUCAUAAAAAUUGUCCCGUCUAUGGGAUGUCCGGUCUCAGGGGCUACGAGUGCGUAGACAUUCACAACGACCUCGAGUCUUGUGGUGGCUGUGCCGGCAACGACUCUCCUUUCGGCCAACGUGCUGAGGACGGUGGGAGGGAUUGCAGUGCCAUCCCCAACGUUGACUUCGUGAGCUGCCAAGGCGGAAAAUGCAUCAUCGAAAACUGCUCCGAAGGUUACGUCCUCUCCGCCAAUGGCGAGGAAUGUACGCCCUUCUUCGAUCGCGUCUCCUUGCAGAUGAACGGCAAUUGA